AUGCCGGAAGUGUCAGCAAAAUGUGUAUGUCGUCAAGACAAUGCUCAUGAAGAUGGUAUAUGGGCAGGUGCUUGGACAAAAAGUUUGAAAGAUGGUUCAGAACAUAUCAUCAGUGGAUCUAUCGAUGAUAAAGUUAAAAUUUGGUCGUGGUAUAAGGAAAAACUUGAAUUGAAAUAUACUUGUACAGGUCAUCGACUUGGAAUUGUUUCAGUCGAUGUGAAUCCACAAGGAACAGUGGCUGCAACGUGUGCAUUAGAUGCACAAAUCAAAUUAUGGGAUAUCGAAAGUGGCAAGCUUAUUCGUGAUAUCGAUGCUACUCCAGUGAAUGCAUGGAGUUUAGCCUUUUCCCCUGAUGGUCAAUAUAUUGCAACGGGAAGUUUUGGUGGCAAAGUUGAUUUAUACAAUUCGGAAAGUGGUCAAAAAGAAUCAACAUUAGAUACUCAAACAAAAUUUGUGCUCAGCGCUAUUUAUAGUCCGGAUGGUAAAUUACUUGCCUGUGGUUCACAAAACGGUUUCGUCAAUAUCUUCGACGUGGCAACUUCAAAGCUACUACAUACUAUUGAAGGUCACGCUAUGCCUAUUCGUGCUCUGUGUUUCUCACCAGAUUCUCAAAUACUAGCAUCAGCUUCUGAUGACUGUCACAUUCGUCUUCAUGAUAUACAUACUGCACAACCAACAACAGUGGGUACUCUAUCUGGUCAUAGUUCAUGGGUUCUUAGCGUGGCAUUUAGUUCUGAUAAUCAACAUUUGAUUUCUUCAUCAUCGGAUAAAUCAGUGAAAAUUUGGGACACAAAAGCAAAACGAUGUGUUUAUACAUCAGCUGAACAUUCCGAUCAAGUAUGGUGUGUUAGAUUUAACUAUUCGGGUACACAGUUCAUGUCAAUGUCACAAGACAAAAGUAUUCUGGUACAUUCAUUCAAUCAUUGA